AUGAGAACGAGACGGGCACACAUGUUGGAGGUGGAGACAUCUCACGAGAAUGACAACCAUAGCGCUAUGCUUGCUUCAGCAAAGCUAACCGAUGAUUUUCAGAUCGUGAGUCCCCCAAAAUCCAAGGGACGUCCAAAACAAAAGCCACGGGCUGUUACAGCAAAGCGGAAUCAAGCGAUAGUAAUGGUAGAGGAAGACUUGGAAAUGCACGAACGCCAAAUGAGUCUACUGACAGUUUAUGAACUACUGGACGGCGAUCCCAUUUACAAGUUGACACACGAGAAGCUGCUGCAGUUCAAGGAAUAG